AUGCGAAAUACACGGUCAUCCCACGAGACGCAGACACUUUUGGGAUCUGUUGCCUGGCGCCGUGAAUUGAUCGAGAGCAGGCAGCAACGAGCACUCCGACUACAACUCUCACAUUCAACAACCAACCAGCGGUCUUCCUACAACUACCGUACGAUUCAGAGUACUGUAAUCGAUACCGGAACACUGGAAACGAUGGACCUUGUCGAUCCUUUGGCUGAGCCGUGUGCGGUGUGUGGAGACAAAUCGACCGGGACACAUUAUGGAGUGGUGUCGUGUAAUGGAUGCAAGGGUUUCUUCCGUCGAACGAUCCUCCGCAAUCAAAAAUUCACCUGUCGUUUCAAUAAGAAAUGCGUGAUCGACAAGAAUUUUCGAUGCGCUUGCCGGUACUGCCGAUUCCAGAAAUGCGUUCAAGUCGGCAUGAAGAGAGAGGCGAUUCAAUUCGAGCGCGACUCGAUCGGCUCCCCGAAGAAACCCCGUCCAAACACUCCGCCAUCAAAUCACUCGAUUCCAAUUCCCGAUGUGAAUCGACAGGCUGCAAAAGACGUGAUCGAUCAGCUGAUGGAUAUGGAACAAAGAGUGAAUAUGGAAAUGUGCUCUCGCUACAGAAAUUCGAUGAUCGGACAAGGGGAGAUUCAGGAGAUCGCCGAGGGCUCAGCUUUCUCACAACCGCAACGCCCGUGCACAAUCGAUGAAUUGAAUGAAAUCAGUCGGACAACACUUUUGUUGAUGGUAGAAUGGGCGAAGAAUCUGGCUCCAUUCCCGGAUCUCUCAAUGGAUGACAAGAUCAUUUUGUUGAAGAACUACGCCCCACAACAUCUCAUUUUGAUGCCAGCUUUCAGGAGUCCGGAUACAACGCGUGUCUGCCUUUUCAACAACACUUAUAUGAGUCGAGAACAAGGCGCUGGACAGAGCGGCGAAUUGGGAGGGUUUGCCGCCUUCAAAACGAGCAAUAUCACGCCAAGGGUACUCGAUGAGAUCGUUUGGCCGAUGCGUCAACUGAACAUGAAGGAACCAGAGUUUGUCUGCCUGAAAGCGCUCGCUUUUCUCCAUCCUGAGGCAAAGGGACUCUCCGCACAAACACAGACGAUGAUUCGUGACGCGCGGAAUCGUGUCCUCAAAGCUCUCUAUUCGUUCAUUUUGGACAAUUUUCCCGAAGAAGCGCCGACGAGAUAUGGCAACAUUCUCCUACUUGCCCCUGCACUCAAAGCCCUCACUCAACUCCUCAUCGAAAAUAUGACACUCACGAAAUUCUUCGGAUUAGCUGAGGUGGACUCCUUGCUAUCCGAGUUCAUUCUGGAUGACAUCAAUGAUCACUCGAGUACCCCAGUCAAUCUACAAGCGACACUACAGGGUCUCCUCCCCACUUCCUCAUCUUCUGUUUUGGGUCUUUCAACCACAUCCACCAUGUCCACAUCAACCAUUUCCACGCCACUUUCCCUCCCAUCAUCCCUCAAUGAGCACACAGCUGGAUUGAAUGCCCUCGUGCAACAACAAUUGGCAAAUAAUCAU